AUGGCACAUAGGCUCCUCACCUCUCCAAACAGAUUCAGCGCCAGAUUUGUCUUCAUUUUCACGAUUUCGCUCUCUUGCACAUAUUUAUGCUACAGUGUCAUCUUCUGUCGCGGAACAAUCAUGACCAACCAGGCUUACGAGGACAAGCGGUGCGUAACGAGCAAGAACGCGGGAGGCAAGAAACUUCUUGGGAAAGUGGAGGAGGGCUGCACCUCGGCUUUCGUGGAUGUUAAAGAGGCGCAGCGAGACGCGGCUGGAACUAGCUCUACCGGGAGUCACUGGAGCGAAGGGAAGUUGAAUAAAAACAUAAGCAUGGCGCAAAAGUACGGGAAUAAGAAGCUGCCGAACGCGCUCAUAGUCGGCGUGAAGAAAGGGGGCACGAGAGCGGUGCUGGAGUUUAUCCGGAUCCACCCAGAUGUGCGCGCGCUGGGCACAGAGCCACACUUCUUUGACCGGAACUAUGACCGAGGACUGGACUGGUACAGGGGCCUAAUGCCGAGAACGCUGGACAGCCAGAUCACACUAGAGAAAACUCCCAGCUACUUUGUCACCAGGGAAGCUCCAAGAAGAAUCUCCAGUAUGUCCCACCAGACCAAGCUCAUCGUCGUGGUCAGAAACCCGGUCACCAGAGCCAUCUCGGACUACACCCAGACCCUGUCCAAAAAACCCAACCUCCCCACAUUCGAAGAGCUUGCCUUCAAGAACAAAAGCCUGGGAAUCGUCGACACAACCUGGAAUGCCAUUCGGAUUGGGAUGUACAUCAUCCAUUUGGAAAACUGGCUGCAGUAUUUCCGACCCUCCCAGAUGCACUUUGUGAGUGGGGAGCGACUAAUCACAGAUCCAGCUGGAGAAAUGGGGCGUGUCCAGGACUUUUUAGGACUGAAAAGGAUAAUUUCGGAUAAACAUUUCUAUUUUAAUCGUACCAAAGGAUUCCCAUGUCUUAAGAAGCCGGAGAGUAGCAGCCAGCCGAGGUGUCUGGGAAAAUCAAAGGGCAGGACUCAUGUUCAGAUAGAUCAGGAAGUCAUCGAGCAACUCCAGGACUUCUAUAGACCAUUUAAUAUAAAGUUUUAUGAGACCGUGGGUCAAGAUUUCAAAUGGGAUUAA